AUGGUGCGAGUGAUCAAGCAGGAGACUUACGACGAAGUCGUAAAAGAAAAUAUUGAAGACUUAUCGAUGACACCUGAAGAAGCUAUAGAGGAUGCCAUCAAACAAUUUGAAGCUCAAGGUAUCGAUCUCACUAACAUAAUAAAAGACUUAGCGCUUAAUGACAACUCAAAUGUGAUACAAUCUUGCCUGGAAAACCUGUCAACUGCCUCAGAAAACAAAAAUUAUGAAGACGUUCCACGUGUAUUAGAAUCUCUUAAGACUGAACUCGACAAAGAUAUCGCACGACGUGUAUUUGCGAGUAAGGAAAACGCUUAUCCGAUAAUCUUAGCCUUGAUAAAAGACACCAAGGAUGACGUAAGUAUCCUGAAACCAGCUUUGAAAGCCAUGACUUCAUUGAUGACUGGUAACCCUGAUUUGCUCGACUCUGCUGGUAUAGACCUUCAAAUUGAGCUCUUGGAUAGUCAGGAGGAUGUAGAAUGUACAAAAAAUAUUUUGCGUUGGAUAAAAGAGUGCUGCAUCAAGCAUGAAAUGAACAGGCAGAACCUCGUCAAAGCCGGAAUAAUUGACAGAAUAAUGAGAAUUCUUAAUAAAAAAGAAAAAACGAGUUCUGAGCUAAGAGAUGCUUGUGGUGUCGUCCGUGCGUUGGUGCUUGAUGAUGAUGUGAGACUAGAGUUUGGAAAAGCUCAUGAACAUGCCAGCCAGCUUGCCAAAGUUGCAAUUGAUAUCUUGACGAAUCUUUUGUCAGAAUUUAAAGACGACGAGGAUGUGGUAGGUGAUUUGAUGGCGACAUUAGCGAGUCUUGUCGUGAGAAAUGAAUAUUGUCAAGAUGUUGAGGAUGCUGGUGGCCUAACAUUAAUCUUGGAAGUUAUGAUAAACCACGCAGACUCGGAGAAACUCAACGGACAAGCUCUGAAAUUGCUGAGUGCUCUGGCUGGUAACGAUAAUGUUAAGAGCCAUAUCGUGACCUGCGGCAGUUGUCCGCUUAUCGUCUCAGCAAUCAGCAGGUUCAAGAGCUCAGAGAGUGUCGUCGCUGCAGGUUUCUCAUGUAUCUCAGCUUUGACUCUCCGUAGUUCCUCCAACGCUGGAGUUUUUUACGACUGCGGAGCACCUAUCGUGAUGCUUGAUGCGAUCAAGCAGUUUCCGAAGAGCCACAAAACUCUGAGACAUGCUUGUCGGGCUAUCCGGAACAUGGCGGUGAAAAACAGAGCCGAGUCUCGGGAAUUUGUGGCUUACGGUGUAGAGUCACUGCUUGCUGACGCUAUUAAGAACCACGGAGUCGCCGUUGAAGCUGAAGCUAAAGCUGCUCUUCGAGAUUUAGGCUUAAAAGUUGACCUUAAGGAACCGUGGACGGCACCUAUCAUGAUGCUUGACGAGAUGAAGCAAUUUCCGAAGAGCCACAAAACUCUGAGACAUGCUUGUCGGGCUAUUCGGAACAUAGCUCGGGAGUUUGUGGCUUACGGCGUAAAGCCACUGUUUGCUGAAACCUUUAAGAACCAUGGAGUUGCCGUUGAAGCUGAAGCUAAAGCUGCUCUUCGAGAUUUAGGCUUAAAAGUUGAACGUAAGGAACCGUGGACGGGUAAAGGCAUUGCUUUAUAUAAUUAA